AAAUAUAUUUACUUUUCUUUUCUUAUUCUCAUUGUCCGAAUCCACACGAAGCUCAAAACUGAAGAAAAAGGUCAUCGAGUUCACACUUAAAAAAAAAAAAACUCUGCAUUUCAACAGAAUUUCGUUUCUCUCACUCUCUCGAAAAUUUCAUAUUUUUAUUUCCAAAAUUUUAUUUGGAAUGAGCAACCGGUAAUCGACGGCUGUAAAUUGAGUGAUCUUUUUCUCCCUUAUAAUUUGCCUGCAUGCGUGACCACCGGGACCGGCGCCGGCUGAGACGAAAUCGACCAAUCUAUGGUGUUUGGUGGGAUUAAAAUCCUAGUUUUUGUUGCUUUCUCUGGAUGUGUAUUGUUGGGUGCCGGCUAAAUGCUUGUUGUUGGGGGUCUAGGGUUUCAAAGCUUGGUUCUCCUGGUUUGUUUUUUCGUUCCGGUGAUCGGCUUUGUCAUCCGCCGAAAAUGGAGGCUUUCUGUAUCCAGGAAGGAAGAGAUCAGGAGGCUGGUCCUUUUGGCCUCCGAGGAGGCGGCUAGGGCUGAGCUCGAGGCGAAUGCAGAAUACGGUUACGGCGUCGUUUCCACGGUUGCUCUGAAUCAGUGCGUCGUUUGUUAUUUCCCCACCACUACACGCUGUGCUCGAUGCAAAGCGGUUCGUUACUGUUCUGGUAAAUGUCAAAUUAUUCACUGGAGACUAGGACACAAAGAGGAAUGUCACCCUCCAUGCCCAACUCAGAAUAAUUCUGAUGUAGAAAGUGAUUCUGACCAAAAGCUGAGCAAAGAAGAGUACGCUGAAGUUUAUGAUGACAAUUUAGAAGGCACAAAACAAGAUAAACCAAUCAAAGCAUUUCCUUCAGAACCUUCACACCCUAGUCAUGCUUUUUCCCCUGAAGUGCCGCACGAGAAGGAUGAUGGUAGUGAAACUGAGUCUCUUGACAGUGAGAAAGGGACAAAUUCUAUCUCUGAAUCAUGCUCAACAUCAUUUUCUGGAUUUUCUACUUCAACCCCAAGUAGUGAAAUGGCUGAUGAUGUUUCUAUCAGUGAGAGCAUUAGUUCAACAGAGACUGACAAAUCAGAUGGACACUUAUCUGUUGACGGUGAUACACUUCAUACAGCUUUUGGUGCGAAGGAUGCAAUUCCCUCGGAGCCAUUAUCUCCAAAAUUUGCUAGGUUGGUUAACUCUAUAAAUGGUUUUACUGCUAGUGAAAUUAUGAGUGAAACAAAAACUAGAUCCAGUGAUGGAGAGCAGGAGCAGCCUACUUUUCCUCCACCUUUCAGAAAUAGUGCUGGUCAUGAUGGUCCCACAGUUGAGUCUUGUGAAUCAUCUUCAGGUUUUUGGGAGAGAGCUCUUGAUUCUUUUGACUCAGAUAAUACCCAUAAUGAGAUUGAUGAUACAUCUGACUCCAAUGUACCUGGUGGGAGCAGGUCAUCUACUGGAUCUUCCAAAAGAUUUACCACAAUGGAGGAUCCUUCAUCAGAUGCAUUGCUUAUUAAGAAGGCUCUUAAUCGAUCAGAUUUAUCAGAAAAUACUGAUUUUCAUGUAUCUAUGGUCAAGGACAGUGAAUCAUCUAAGAAUAGGGAUGGUGAAAGUAGAUGCAUUUCACGUGACUUUAAGCUGGGGGAAGUUAAAUCAGUGCCUCCCAGUAAUGAAAGAGCUUCCAGAUGUACCAAUUCAUCAAAUGCUAGUAAACCAUCCACGCCUAUUCAGAAGUUAGAUCAUGUUGUCAAUGACAAAAAGAACACUUCGAAUCUGUUGAAGUCAAGAGAUCGUGAUUCAUCUAGUUCUUCUUGUUUGUCAUCUAGCAAUAAGGAUUCUACAAUUUCAAGGUCAAAAGCUGAAGUUGAUUUUGUCCAAGAUAAUGUUACUGUUUCAUAUCAGGUUUCAAACCCUCCAAAUGUCAAGAAUGGUUUGAAAACCUCGGUUCAGAAAGUUGUUGAGCAGUUCAAAGGAUCCAAACCAUCAAAGCAGAAUUCAUUAGGGCUGGGGAGUGAGAUAGCUGGAAGAUACAGUGUUAGUGACAAGGGGAUCUUCCCUUAUGAGUCAUUUGUGAAGUUAUUCAAUUGGAACAAGGUGGAGCUGCGCCCGUGUGGCCUUAUAAAUUGUGGGAAUAGCUGUUAUGCGAAUGCUGUGCUUCAGUGCUUGGCAUUCACUCCUCCAUUGACUGCAUAUUUUCUUCAAGGACUCCAUUCUAAAACUUGUAUAAAGAAGGAAUGGUGUUUCACGUGUGAGUUUGAAAGUUUAAUUUUGAAGGCAAAGGAGGGAAAAUCUCCAUUAUCACCUAUUGGAAUACUAUCCAAGAUCCAAAAUAUGGGAAGUCAGCUUGGUAAUGGGAGGGAAGAGGAUGCACACGAGUUUCUAAGGUAUGUGAUUGACACUAUGCAAUCUGUUUGCCUUGCGGAACCUGACACAAGUGCAUCAGGCCCUUUGGAAGAACAAACUACUCUAAUUGGUCUUACAUUUGGAGGGUAUCUUCGAUCAAAGAUAAAAUGCAUGAAGUGCCAAGUAAAAUCUGAGAGGCAGGAAGGCAUGAUGGACCUUACAGUUGAGAUUGAAGGGGAUAUAGGAACCCUCGAAGAGGCUCUUAAAAAAUAUACAAGUACAGAGACUUUAGAUGGUGAAAACAAGUACCAAUGUUACAGAUGCAAAUCUUAUGAGAAAGCCAAAAAGAAGCUGACAAUAUUGGAGGCUCCCAAUGUCCUCACUAUUGCUUUAAAGCGAUUCCAGUCUGGAAAAUUUGGGAAGCUUAAUAAGCCAAUACGGUUUCAAGAGAUCCUGAAUUUGGCUCCAUUCAUGAGUGGCACAAGUGAUAAAUUGGCUAUUUACAGGUUAUAUGGGGUGGUUGUUCAUUUGGACGUUAUGAAUGCUGCAUUUUCUGGACACUAUGUGUCCUAUGUUAAAAAUGCGCAGAAUAAGUGGUUCAAGGUUGAUGAUAGCACGGUAACAGCAGUGGAACUUGAAAAGGUCCUGAGCAAGGGAGCGUACAUGCUUCUUUAUGCAAGGUGCUCACCAAGGGCCCCAAGAUCGAUAAGGAACAAAAUAGUGUCUCCUGAUCUCACAGCUAGAGCUAUGCCUUCUUGGAUUGGUGGGAAAACUACUGCAUUUAAAUUAAAAUCCACCACAAUUUCAAGUAUAGCCCAAGUAUUACCCAAUUUAAGUCCCCCCGAAGGCUCUGCCCAUAAUUAUGACUCAUUUUAUUCAAAGUUCAAUCGGCUGCAGAGGAUUUUAGAAGAGGAUUCAAGUGACAGCUCUUCUCUCAUCAGUAAUAAUUCCGAUGAAGGUUCCUGUAGUACAGAGAGUACUCGUGACUCUAUUAGCACUGAUGAGUUCUCUGAGUACAUAUUUGGGGAGUCAGGACGGGGCUUGAGCAGCCCAUGGAGGAACUCUCCUGAUUCUGACACUUGUUCGUCAUCCUCUUCCUCCCCCUUGUACUCAAAGCAUUCUCGCCUUUCUGAUUUGGACCGAUAUGAUUCAGUUUUCCCUGGAACCGGAGGGCAUCAAACUGGUUGUGCUGACGAUGGUGGUUGGAAUGAGAAGAGUAGUGGGAGUGGCUGGGCGGUGGGUUUGGAAGGAGAAGGAAACGUUCCCUUUUUGCGUUCGGACACUAAUAGUCAAUGUAGAAAGUUAGGGAGUAGUAGUAAUAUUAGGCCUAAAACUGACUUCGAGAAAGUAGAAUCCGAGUCUUUAAACGAUGUAAAAUAUGAUGUAUCGUUUAGGAGAUCAACUAGGGAAAGAACAAAUAACAUUUGAUAUAUAUUUAUAUAUGUAAUAUUCAGGUACAGAGCCAGAAAUAAUAAAUUUUGAGGGAAUGUAUGUAAUGUAAUGUACCCAUUUGCUGGUUUUAUCAUACGAACCAGCUAUUGUCAUUUUCUUUAUUAUUAUUCUGAAAUUACUUUUUCGAAAUGGAUAA